CUGGAUUCCUACCCAGGGACCAGUAAAUGAAGACAAUGGCAGAGACAAGAGCUAACACUGCGACAGCGAGAGACCACAUUGUUGGUUAUACGAAUAAUCAUUGGGUUGUUAUUAAUCGUUAAUUAAUGGUUAUUAAUAAUAAAAUGGCUGAUGGAUAUUAUUAUCAUUCUGACAAUGAAAUCCUCAAAUACAAUCCAGACUACCAAUCUCUACUGAGGACAUUGAGUCUUCUUGAAGCUCAAAAAAUGAAAGCAAUUAAGGAUCUAGAGCUAUUAACUGAGCUCAAAUCAAAAGCAGAGACUGAUCCAAACUCAAUCAUAACGCAAUUAAGAGAUGGAUCACUUACUUUACCAACAAGACAAAGACUGGCUACCGUCCCAGAGAUAAACUUAGAGCAGUACAAGGCAAUCAAUGAAAGUGAACCUUACAACACUCGUAAGAAGAUGGCUCCAGCAACAAUUGAAGUUGUGCCACCUGUUAAAGAAGAAGUCUUGAAGUUUACUGAUCCAGCUUCUUCUAGUAGGAAGACAGUAAGUACAGCUGCUUCUCAAUCAAAGGGAAAGUACAAGGACAACAUGUGGUCUGAAGAAGAGCAGGGUCGUCUUGAGGAGCUGUUGCAGCUGUACCCGCCGGAAGAGGUUGAGGCUAAACGAUGGCAGAAAAUUGCAAAUGCUUUGGGAAACAGGACACCAAAACAAGUCUGCUGCAGAGUUCAAAAAUAUUUCAUUAAAUUAGCCAAAGCCGGACUACCAGUACCAGGACGAAUGCCGAACCUCAGCACUUACUCUCGUAAAGGUAAAAUAAAACGUGUUUCGGCAAAACGACAGUCGCUUUUCUUGUCUUCAUUAAAACCGAAAGUCUACAUGGGCAACAAUGAGAACGAAUCAAGAUUAAGCUCCUCGGAGGAAGAGGAGGAGGAGGGAGAAGGAGAAGAGCAUUAUUCUCCAGCUGCUCUCGACGAGCGAUCCUCCCCCUUCUGUUCAGGUUGUGGCUGUUCUUCAUUUUCAUUAAACAUGAAGUGCAGUGACUGUCAUAUCCUCUUAUGCCAGCCUUGUGUUGAUAAACAAUGGACAUCAGAUACACAUUUAUCAUCGCACAAAAUAAAACAAAUUCAAGAAAGUGAAGACAUAAAAGAUUCGUAUAAAUACGUCGAUCAGGAUUACACAGGCUUCAAUCCUUCUCUCUUGAACACAAAAUAUAAUUAUUUAGACUCUAAUUUUCGUCCUGCCCUUUGACAAACAGGAAAGCUAGUCAAAACGCUGACUAUGGAAAAUGUUAUAUAAACACUUUUAUUGAAAUCUAUUUAUUUUGACUUUAACACCUUGAUCUCCUCCUUCA